AUGGAGAGAGCAGAUCAGCAUCAGCUCGUCUGCAGCAGCUCGGGGCAGGGACAGGGUGGUGGCAGUGACCCAGAACUGGGCUCGGGAGAUCCGCCAGUGCAGCGGGGAUUGAAGGGCGGGGGAGAAUCGGGGUCCUUCCUCAGCCUUAGUCCUGGUCCCCAGUCCCCGGCUGCGGGGCGGGGAGCACGCAGCCCCCCCGGCCGGGCCCCGCGGUGGCGGCCCGGGGGAGCGGGAGGCAACGGAGCGGGGCGGGGAGGAGCGGAGGAGAGCGGCGGCACCGAGACCGGUCCCGGCGGCCAGGGCACCGCCGUGCUCGGUACCCGGCGGGCUCCGGCGGCCCCGGCUCCGCGGCGGCUCCGGUACCUUUGGGCGGCUCCGCACCCGGGCAGCUCGGCAGCCCUGUACCCGCGGGCGGCUCCGGUACUCCUGGCAGGCUCCGGUGCCCCGGGUGGCUCCGGUAGCAUUGGAAGGCUCCGUUGCCCCGUGGCGGCUGCGCACCCCGGCGGCUCCGGUGUCCCGGCUCCGGGCAGACGCAAAGGAGGCAGCGGCCGCAGCCAGGCAAGCGGGCGGGGGCGGCCGGGCCGGAGCUCAGCCCCCCGAGUCCCGGGACCCCCGCCCGCGCCCUCCCCCCCGAGGGCAGCGGGACACCCCGGGGGGAUUCGCUGGAGGGUGAAUCCGGGGAGGGCAGGGGGUAUAUACAGCCCCCGUGCCGAGAGCCGGCCGGAUCCGGGAUUUGCGCAGAACAAAGGAGCAUGCAGGGAAAUCCCGUACACCUUUCCAUGGGCAAGCCCAGAUGUGCUCCAGGCCCCCGUUCUCCCCGGGGUUCAUCAUGGCAGCACAUCCCCAGGGUGCCCCAUCACCGUGCCCAGCCCUGGGGGGCUGCACUGAGCGGGCACAGCGCGAUCCCCACCGCUCCAGCCCAGCACGGGGGGUGCGGGCGAGUGUCUGCCCUGCCCGGGAGCCCCAUGCCCGCGGUGGCCCCGGUGACCCCGGUGGCCCCGGUGGCCGCGGGACACGUCGGAGAGCCCAAGCGUUCCCACCAGAGGGAGCCCAAAGGACGCGAAUCGUGGGCGCGGCCGCCCGGACACGCCACAGCCCGCAGAGGCAAACGGGGACUGUCACCCCUCAGUGCGGUUUGCAGAUACCCCCAAACCUCCUUUCCUGUCUGUCCCUCCGUGCACCAUCCCUGGCCCCUGGGCUGCACCCCCUGCCAGAGCUCUCCGCCAGCCCAAGCGCCUGUGCGGGGAAUUUGAGAGCGGACACACGGGAAAACAGCGGCUGUGGCAGCAGAGUGUUCCCAGAGCUCGGGGCAGCCCAGAACCAUCGCUCUGACAAGUGGAUUUCCCCCAGUUCAAACCAUCGCCCGACAUCACGUCCAAACUCAGGGCACGGUGAAGCAUCUCUGUUCUGAUCGCUUUAUGGUGAAUGUAGCUAUCCUAAAUUAAUGCAGACGCAAAGCACCAGAAAGGGAGGGUUUGAAAUGAUGCUCGUGGUGCUUUUGGAACGUCGGCUCGUGGCAUUGCACCAGAAGAUUUCCCAUUCACACCUCGUCGUUCCACAGGUUUGGGUACUGUCGGACACGCUGUUGGUGGGAAAAGGGAGUAGGAUGGAAAUUAUCUGCCAGAUGGGGAUGGGAGGUGGGUGAAGGGAGAGUCAGAGAAGAAAUAUCACAGACAAUGCUUCAUGAUGUCAGAGGAAAAUCCCUCCCAUUUGCCCAGCAUUUGCUCGUUUAUUUAAAGCUCAUCAUUAGUGGCAGCCAUGUGGAAGGGAAUUUAAGUCCUGAGUGAAUUAGGUUCCACAUUUUGACCAUGUGUCUAAUCUACCAAAGCCCUCUCCAGUUCCUGCUUUCCAUUGAAAACUGCUGCUUUCUUCAUCAGCCAGGAGGUCUGGGGGCUCCAGCCAUUCCCCUGCAUGAGGAAAAUUUUGAGCACAUUAGAGGCUGUGGCUGAAAACAGGAGGCUGCCACAGUGUCAACAAGAAGUAGAGAGGCUGUGGGCCAGGGAAAAUCAUGGAAUAAAUGGGAUCUGGGCCAAAUCCAGGCAGACAGUGCCAGGCUGCUACUCAGUACUGCUGCCAGAGCAGUCUGGCACAGACAAGGAGAGGAAAUCCCAGCCAGACCUGGCAUUUAAUCCGGACUUCCUGGUGGAGUGGCUGAAAAUGUUCAGCUCUUGGGGGCUUUGGAGCACAGAAGCAACCAGAGGCCACAACGUUUGUGGGAGGCUGUCAAGCCUGGAUGGGAAACCCCAACAUGGCUAUCAGGAGGAAAACACUUCUAUGGGUUGAGUUUGUGCCCCAGACUCUUGACAGCAGUCCCAGGGAUGCUGGAAGCAGAGUGUGAAUGUGCCAAGCAUUGUGGUGAGACAGCUGAGAUGGGGAAAGUUGCCUGUCCACCUGGGAAACACCUCAAGGAGGGAAGAGAGGAGAAAACAGGAACUUCCUUAGAACUGCUGUGGCAGGCAGGAGCACAGUGGGAACCUGAGGCAUAGGAGAAUGGACUGGUGAGAUGGGGUGGGACAGAGCAGUUGAAACGUGUGGGUGCAGAGCUGUCCCCAGCCCUCUCCUGAGGGUUGCAUUUGGUGGCUGGCAAGGGUGGGGUCAACCCAGCACAUCCCUUCCCUGGUGCUGCCCAGCCUGGCCCAGGUGUGAGUGGUGCCAGGACUACAAAAGAGCUGGGGGAAGCCUGGAUGAAGGACUAAUGGGGCAGAGGGGAGAUGCUGCUGUCUCCAGGUUUGAAAGGUGGUGGCAGCAGAGCUGUGUUGCCACACCAGAGCCUGUUCCCUGGCUUGAGAACAUGUUGUACUGGACAGCACUGGGAGUUUUCCUGUGGAAUGACUGUGCCAGCCCGAUGGCUUUCAUCCACUCACCACCAUCCUGCUGGAGAGAGGAACUGGACUAGCUGGACCUGUUGUGCUUGUGAGAUGUGGGUUUGGGAUUAUCCUUAGUGGGUGCAGGUGGGAUGUUUAAUUAUUUCUUCCACUUUCCUUCAGAGUGUGAAAAUCAGGCUGAGAGUCUCUCCCCUUAGGGAAAAAUGUCAUCCCUUAUUGUCUUCCAUCCCCUGGUCUCAAUUAAGAGCAGGAUGAUUCUGGAAUCUUGCUGUGUCAUUUGGACCUGCCACCCUGCACCUGUCUGUUUAACCUGUCAGUGCCUGUGUCCCCAUGCCUGCUUCACUCCAUCAUCACUGUGCAAGUCACACCACAACUAGGCUGAUGUGACUUGGCCCUGUGGCUUCUUGUUCAGCCCAUCCCAUGCCACACUGAGUGACCUCUGCUCGCUGCUGGAGGGGGUGAGGUGAUGCUGACCACCCUGAGAGGUGCAGGUGAGCCCUCUGGAAAGCUCAGGCCAUAGCAUUUCUCACAUUUCUGCUUCUUGCCCAUCCUGGUGCCAUAUAUCUGACCCACCCCAGAGCAAAAAUCAGGCUCCUGGGUGCUUCAGUCUCCCUGGCCUCUGCAAUGAUCCCUUCUCCCUGAACCACAGGGAUGUUCAGGUGGGUUGCACAAAGAGCUGGGAGCUCACUGUGGAGCUCUCCUCAUAUCCAGCUCCAAUUUGCUGGCACCAAAACACUUCAAGUUUCUGAAGGGGCUGGAUCCACUGGAGCCUGAGCAUGCCCUGUUCUCUGGCACAGCAGCACUGCUGGCAGCCGUCUCACAAAUUUAGGUACCAUUUGUUGCCUGUGCUUGGAGAUGAACCUUGCCACCAAUUUGCCAGAUUUCUUCUCUCAGUGUGCAGAGUAUUUCAGGCUGUUUAUUCACAUUUGUGGCAUGUUUUCUUCCUCCUGGGGCUCAGGAAAUUUUCAUUUAUGCUGAAGUUUCCAUAUUACAAUCUCUGAGAGCUCAUGAUGUUCUUUGAGCUUUAAUUCUCCCUAUAUGCAGCAUAAACUUUCUGAUGGAAAAAAAUGAACGUCUGCCUGCACGUGUCCCACUU